UGGAUCCGCCCCUGUACAGCUCAUUUUUUUUUCUAAUUCCGUUCGUCCAUCGGGUUCAGCAACAAUACAUAUCAACAAAAUGUAAUCGAAAUCGGCAGCAAAGUCACGAAAUUUUUGUCGGUAGACUUUGUAUGAUGCUGGAUGGACCUAAUUGCAAACAGCGCAAGUUGCUGGGUAUCUCAAGUGUUAACUCAUCGAUAAUAUCAUCAUCAUCAACUAAUAUCAACAAAAUGGGAUUGACUACCAGUUCCGAUCGCCGUAGUGCUCCUGCUCAAGAGUUGAACAGGAGCGACGAGCGAUUACAUUUGAUGGCAUUUUGUUUCAUCUGUGGAUGGCCACAGUUCCUGGUCUGGCUGACAAAAGACCAAGCCCGUAGAGGUUUUGCGCAUCAUGGUUGCUGUGCCAGACCGACAGAACCGCGAGACAACCCAAUGUCUCAUGAUAACGUCGGUGGUCGAUCGGCUCCCAGUCCCGCAGCCUUUACGGAUUGCGGUUCGCAAACGAACCCCGUGUCCGUCACCAUUCCAGCGGCAAACCACGACUUCGCGUGCGGAAACUCCUGCGUUACGUUCGUUGACGUGUUCACCCAAACUUACCCGUCCGCCGGGGAAGUCGCAUCCCACGUCAACGAAUCUAAUGAGGAGACGCAUUCCGCAUCGAUACAUUUAGACGACGAAGACGAAAUCGUUCCGUACGUUCUUCCUAAAAUGGAAGAAAAUCGUGCAAAAGAAUUGAACGUUACCUACAAAUUGUGGGAAAAUCGGUUUUCACAAUUUUCAAAAUUUAACGACGGUAUCAUAGCAGACCCAGUGACUCUUUACUCCGGGCCUCCAGAAGUUUUGGCAAAACUUAUGGCUUCCCGGUGUAAGUCGCUGGGUACUGUGAUAGACCCGUUUUGCGGUUCCGGUGCGAUCGCGAUCCAAUUGGCCAUGGUUUGCCGCAAAGUCAUUGCGAUGGACAGUGACCCAGUCAAAAUCGCGUUCGCCCGGAACAACGCUUGUAUCUAUGGGGUUGAGGACCGAAUCAUCUUCCUGGUGGGUGACUUCUUUGAAAAUGCACACUCGCUGCAGAAGGCAGACGGCAUCGUCACGUCACCACCAGCCAACAUGACGAAAGAUAAAAUGCAGAAUUUAACCGAUUUGGCUAGUAGGGUGGCGCCAAAAGUUUUAUUAAGGUUAAUGAAGGACCAAGAAGUGGCAGAUCUGUACCAAUUAGAAAAUAUUAAAUAUUAUAUUAAAACAGAGAAGAUAUGUAUCGACAGGGAGCCGAAUUCUAUUUUGGCUUUUCUUGGUCCCGGAAUUAAUACGAAUAACAGAAACGUAGAGAGAACACAGAAGAAAGUGCUCGUGUUUUCUGAUGGGGUAUCUGUUAAUCGUCGUGUGCAUUGGGUAAGAGGUAAUAAUCUUUUUGCAUACGACGAUUAUCUCAAAAACGUCGAAGAAUUCGUGAAGAACAAUAGUCUCAACUGAUAGACGAUUCCUCAACAAAACCGAAAGAAUAUAAUACAAUUGAUAUCUGAUAAUUUAACGCUAAAUAACAACAACAACAACUACAACUAUAGGGGUUUCCUGAAAAAAUUAUGUGGAAGCUGAUAACGGAUGUGUUAAAAUAAAAUGGAGAUGUAUAGUUAUCCCCUUUUCUACUAUGUCUAUUAAAAAAACCAUCAAACUAAUUUUGUUUUAUCGAUCAUUCGUGCAACAUUAUUCGAAAAUAUUCAAGUCAGAUCAAAUGCUUCUUUUGAAAGCAAACCACUUCUCAAAUAUAAUGGUAUUUUUAGGAUUCGAUAAAAUACAUCAUAAUGACGAAUUUAACACUAGCUCACCGAAACAUGAAAUACAUAAUCAACGAUAUUGAAAAUGAC